CUUGUUGUUUUGAGCUGGACCGAAGCUAGCUGAAAUUAAUACAAAAUAAUCAAUACAUUUACAAAAAAUAAUAUUUUAGAAAGAUUCAGAUGGCACAAUUAGCAAUAAUAGAAACAUAUUCUCAAUAUAAUGUUUUGUAGAAAUAGCAGACAAUCAGUAUGUAUUAGAAACGCACUUCAGUAAAGGUAACAUGUUAGCCUUUAAGCUAGGUUAGCUGUUAGCAGCCAGAAAUAAGUGCUUUUUCUCUUUUUUAUAGUUACCGUUAGUUUAUUCCCCCGGUGGAGCAAUGUUGGGCUUUUUGACUGCAAGGCAGGCUGGUCUGGAUGACCCUCUGCGACUGAGACGCGCCGAGUCAACGAGAAGAGUCCUUAGUCUGAAGCUAAAUCCUGACAGAGACGUAGACCAAAUUCAUGGAAAUGGCAUCAAUACCAUUGAUAUUGAAGCAGUUGAGGGCAGAUAUAUGUUGUCUGGAGGUUCAGAUGGAGUAAUUGUCAUCUACGAUCUGGAGAAUUAUAGCAGGAAACCACAGUACACCUGCAAGGCCGUCUGCACAGUCGGAAGGUCAAGCCAGCAUGUCCACAAAUUCAGUGUAGAGACAGUCCAGUGGUAUCCUUACGACACAGGGAUGUUUGUCUCUAGUUCCUUUGACAAAACCAUGAAAGUCUGGGAUACAGAGACUUUAAAACCUGCUGAAGUGUUUGAAUUUGAGGGCAAUGUCUACAAUCACCACCUGUCCCCCAUCGCCAGGAAGCACAGUCUCAUUGCAGUUGGCACCAAAAACCCUAAAAUCCAACUUUGUGAUCUGAAGUCUGGUUCACGGAUUCAUGUUCUUCAGGGUCACAGAGCAGAAGUAUUGUCUGUGCGGUGGUCGCCCAGAUAUGAGCAUGUCUUAGCCACUGCCAGUGCAGACAGCAAAGUGAAAGUGUGGGAUGUGCGUCGUGCUUCGGGUAGUCUGUUCACUCUGGACCAGCACAAUGGAGAGAAGUCAAAAGCAUCCUCAGAGGCAGUAAACACAGCCCAUAAUGGCAGAGUGAACGGCCUUUGCUUUACUGCUGAUGGUCUGUACCUCCUUACAACUGGAACUGAUGACCGUAUGAGGCUUUGGAAUAGUGCCACGGGGGAAAACACACUGGUAAACUACGGGAAGGUCUGCAAUGAGAGUCGUAAAAGGCUGCAGUUCACAGUGUCUCGUGGCUGCAGCCCAGAGUUUGUGUUUGUGCCAUGUGGAAGCUCAGUAGCAGUGUACGCUCUACACACAGGAGAACUGAUCACUAUGCUUAGGGGUCACUACAACAGCGUUGAUUGCUGUGAGUUUCACCCAGACUAUCAGGAGUUGUACAGUGGAGGUAAGGAUUGUAACAUCUUGGCAUGGGUUCCUGUCCUCCAUACUGCAGAUGUGGAAGAAGAUUCAGACCAUGAAAAUAAGGGUGCUGGUGGUCCAUCUGCUGUGAACCCUGCCUUUCAGGAUGCGUGGAGCAGUGAUGAAGACUGAUGAUGAUGUUUUAAACAUGUGGACAGCUUUCUAUAGUUCCUGACCAAAAAUGACAGGAUUAAAAGUUUUGUCAAAGUGCCCGUAUUCUAACUUUUUUUUUUUUUUUUUUUUUUUUUUUAGACCAUUUAUUUUAGACCAUGUUAUGUUUGUUUUUGUACCUUUGAUAUAACAUUGUUUUUGCUAUUUUGCAUUUUAUCACUUGAAAUUAAAAUCAUCUAAGCUAUGCAUGAAUGGAGUUUACUUAUAAAUUAUUAAAUGUUUCAGACUGA